GGACAACAUGUGAGGUUCGGUAACACAACGCCACCCCCCAGAUGGUACAAAAGAGGAUUCGGACGUUUAUUCGAUGCCCCGAUCAUCCAACAAAUUGGUCAUUCAACUGAGCCACCAAAUCUAGCCACUCUGAAAAAGUACCAAGUGAUGCUCUGCAACCCCAUUGACUCAGCCAAACGCCGAGGCGAUCCAGCCAACUGGCGCAGGAGAGGCACGCAGAGUAGAUAUGCGCACCAGGCGACCCGCCAAGACGGUUGUUGCAAGGCGAUUCUUCCCAACACGGCACACCCGUACGGCAGACACAAUGUCAAAAGGGCGGUCCAACAAAAAUACCGGUGCCAUUUUCCUCGUAGCAAAAGUACAGCCCCGGCUAUCAUACAAGGGUGGCUUCCGCCCUGCAGUCGCCGUCACACCCGCCCUAUUCCACCAUUCCCCAAUCCAUCCAUUUGUCUCUUGUCCUGGUCGCCUUGCGGCCUCACCCCGCCCACGAUAGUGACCUAGCGAUGGUCGCCACCGCUCCAAAACUUCUUGUCAACCCUGUCGUCUGGCGCCUUCUGCCCGCGGUCGUGCUUGGCGUCAAAGUCGCGGUUGUGCUCCUCGACCUCGCGCCGCUGCUCCUCGGUCAGCUGCGCCAUCUGCGAGUUGCCCGGCACGCUCUGGUUGGUGAUCUUGGGUUGCGGCGGUGCGUUCUUGGACGAGCUGCUGAGCGGCUUGCCCCCGCCCGUGCGGCCCUUUGCGCUGCCCCCGGCGAGCCCGUCGAUGACGCUCGCGCCGUUGUCCUUGGGGUCCUGCUCCUGGUGCAGCCGGCGGGUGGCAGCCGCGGCGUACAGGCCAGGGCGCGCGCGGGCGAUGCGGGCGGUGGAGCGCGUUGUGGCGAUGAGUCUUGCGGCCGACAU